CCGUAGCUAGAAGAAUGCACCUUCGCAGCCGUCCAUUCACGGUGAACGAACUUACCGAAUGCUACGAGCAGCCGCAAGGUAUCUGAAACGAAUCAACAAGACAGAUCUACCGAGCUCGCCCAUCAUGUCUCUCAGGAACAUCGAACAGAUCCCAGCUCCCAUCCAUCGAGGGAUGAUCCAGCUUGACCGGGGAGCGUUCGUCACCCAAUUCUCCAGGUUGAGCGUAAAAGUCAAGAAUCAGGAUGUUGGAAAAGUGACAAAGGCCAAGGAAAUGCAGCCGCAUAUCCUUAGCAUCCCAAGACUGCGGUCGGUCGAACCCGACCCCGAAUCGUCCGAUCUCCGGCUCGUGCUCUUGCGUUAUGAAGAAGAAACUCAGCUUCCUGACCCGUUCAAGACGUUCAUCACGCCCUUCUCUCACGGCUACCAGAAAUACUCUGCCACGCUCGACUAUGAUCAUUGGAACGCUGGAGAGAUACUGGAUGCGGUCCUGCCUGAGGAGUUGAUGGAGGAAUCGCCGACGAGUUAUACGCAGACGGGACAUAUCGCUCAUAUGAACCUGAGGGAUGAAUAUUUGCCAUACCGAUACGUCAUCGGCCAAGUCAUGCUCGAUAAAAACCCGGGACUGAGGACCGUAGUGAACAAGCUCGACUCGAUCGAUUCGGAGUUUAGGGUCUUCAAGAUGGAGGUCUUGGCCGGGGACAACGAUUUCAUCGCCGAAAUGCGAGAAUCGGACUGUAAAUUCACUUUCGACUUUUCCAAAGUCUACUGGAACUCGCGAUUGGGGCACGAACACGAGCGGCUGGUGGACCAGUUCGAACCGGGACAAGUGGUCGCAGACGUCAUGGCUGGGGUGGGGCCGUUUGCGGUACCGGCGGCUAAGAAGAGGUGUCUGGUGUUGGGGAACGAUCUGAAUCCGGAGAGUACGAGGUGGAUGGAGAAGAACAGGGUGGAUAACAGGGUACAAGAGGCGCUCCGCGUCAGCACGCUCGACGGACGAGAAUUCAUCCAGUCGGCACCACUACAAAUUUGGACGAAACCGUUCGACCCUCUACCUCCACCCAGACCAUCGCUUCGACAACAGGAAAAGGAGGCCAGACGGAAAAGGGAAGCCGCAAAACGGGCCAAAGAGAGCGGGGUCGUACCCGACGUUACGGAGCAAUUCGAAUCGCUCAAAGUAGGGGAGAGCUCGGUGUCUAGCAUGAUCGCUUCUUCAAGCGAGCCAAUCCCAGAGGGUGAAACUCCAGCCUCGGAACCCACGGCCCGGACAAUAAGUCAUUUCGUCAUGAACCUUCCGGGAUCGGCUCUGGAGUUCCUCGAUGCAUAUAACGGGUGUUACAAGCCCCUCUUGGCGGAACCCGAUUUCCCUGGCAUCGAAGCCAUCGAAAUGCCUUAUAUUCACGUGCAUUGUUUCUCAAAACAGGCCGAAGGAGAGCCAGCUACCAACGAUAUCUGCAAGAGAGCGAGCGAGACGCUACGAUAUGAGAUCACACCGCAGAGUGAGGGUUUCAAGUUGCAUUACGUACGAAAGGUGGCACCGAACAAGGACAUGUAUUGUAUCACCUUCCGAUUGCCCAAAGAGGUGGCAUUCCGAUGACUUGCGUUCCUGCAACACGCAUCAUAUAAUAUCUGCAUAAUGUUCUCUAUUCGGACUGACAAUAGGAUGAGAGAGCAUCGUGCCUUUUGAAACAAAAUAAAAAGGACUCGAACAGACGCGCGUUCA